CGAACUUUCGUCACGACUUCAAAUAGUGCGGCACCUCCGCGAGAUCAGAAACGAACGCGGACGGCGCAGCACCUCUUAAAGAAGGGGAAUACUGCAAAGCUUUUUUGGGGAUUUAUUUCAGUUUCGGGUGAACUGAGCUCGACGCAACAACAGCGAACGCGAGGACUGGAUAGCAGUCUCAUGUUGUUGUUUUAAAUUGUGACAUUUGGGCUAAAACAAUCAACGCUAAAUGGGGAAAAUGGAAAAGGAUUAUUACAGCAUUUUGGGGAUUCAGAAGGGUGCAUCCGAGGACGAGAUCAAGAAAGCUUAUCGCAAACAAGCGCUCAAAUACCAUCCGGAUAAAAACAAAUCGCCUGGCGCCGAGGAAAAGUUCAAGGAGAUCGCGGAAGCGUACGACGUGUUGAGUGACCCGAAAAAGAAGGCCGUCUAUGACAAAUUUGGCGAAGAAGGACUCAAGGGAGGCAUUCCCGGAGGUGGUGGUAGUGGAGGAAAUUUCAACUACACAUUCCAAGGCGAUCCUCACGUAAUUUUCUCGGAAUUUUUUGGAGGGCGAAACCCUUUCGAACAGUUCUUUGGUCACAAUGGUGGCAUGGAUGAGGAAAUGGAAACAGACGACCCUUUUGCUAGUUUCGGGAUGGGUGGCAUGGGUGGUUUUCCUCGGUCCUUUAACAAGCGUGGCCACGGCGGGAGGCGGGAGAAAAGGCAGGACCCUCCGGUGAUCCACGACCUGAGGGUCAGUCUUGAGGAGGUCUUCACUGGCUGCACAAAGAAGAUGAAGAUCUCACGCAAGCGCCUGAACCCGGACGGAAGGACGACUCGCACGGAGGAGAAGCUUCUCACGGUGGAAGUCAAGAAAGGCUGGAAGGAAGGAACCAAGGUUACUUUCCCCAAAGAAGGUGAUGAGACACCAACAAAUAUCCCUGCAGAUGUCAUUUUUGUGGUGAAGGAUAAACCACAUCCAGUGUACAGACGAGAUGGAUCAGACAUCAUUUAUCCAACAAAAAUUACACUUAAAGAGGCUCUGUGUGGCUGCACUGUUAACGUUUUAAAGUUAGAUGGUCGCAAGGUCCCCAUAACAACUCAGGACAUUGUUUGUCCUGGGAUGAAACAGCGUGUCACUGGGGAGGGUCUUCCCCUUCCAAAAUCCCCUGAUCGACGUGGAGAUUUGAUUGUGGAAUAUGAGAUCAAGUUCCCUGAAAGGCUGAGUCAGAGUGCCAAGGACACGAUCACAAAAGUGUUGCCAGCGUCCUGAGCUGCGUAUACAACAAUACCACUUGAAAUUCUUUUUGUUGCUAUGCUGAGCCCUGAGCUGCUGACAUGAUUAUUUUGUAACGUACUGCCAACAAGAAACUAUCUGAACAAUACAGCUGGAUUAGGCUGGAUUUUUUGUCUGUGUGUGUACUGAACAUUUUGAACCCAUGUUUCUUACGUGUCUGGACCGACAGGAAGUCUGGUCUGUGUUUACAGAGCAACGUUUCUUUGUUAUUUUUACUGAUUGUUCUUUAAAGAAAGUUCCAAUGGAACUGUUUGGUUUCAUUAAAAGUGGUUUAUAAAUACUG